AUGGAUGUCUCAGCUCAGCUCUCUCUACCAUUUCAAACCCUCAGCCGCAGCUUCGCAUUCUCGAGUAGUGACGAAGUGAAAUGGUGGCAGAGCACAGCUCCGAUGUUUGCACGCAUGAUGGCAGCCGCCAAAUACGAUGUGCAUGCGCAAUAUCGGUUUUUGUGUAUCCAUCGUGAAUUUGUCAUUCCUAAUCUGGGUCCAUACCCCAGAAAGGGCCAACCUAUGCACUGGAAGAGUCACUUGACCCGCUUCGGACUGCCUUUUGAAUUGAGCUUCAAUUACUCCAAAUCACUGCUGCGGUUCGCCUUUGAGCCCCUCGGGCCUCUGACAGGGUCCGAACCUGACCCUUACAAUACUAAGCAAAUUCACACAGUGUUGAGAGCACUCAAAACUGUGGUUGCAGAUCUCGAUCUGGACUUGUUCGACCAUUUCGUCUCAGAGCUAGUCGUCAGGGACGAAGAGGUUGAGAAUAUCCGAAAGAAUAAACGGGAGAUUCCAUGUUUCAAAACCCAGAACAAACUAGCCGCUGAUCUAGAACCCGACGGUGGGAUCGUUUUCAAAGCCUACAUCUAUCCACGAAUCAAGUCAAUUGCGUCUGGCACGCCCAAGGCCCAAUUGAUGUUCAACGCCAUACGUAAAGCCGACCCAGGUGGAAAGUUAAGAACACCACUGGCAGCAUUGCAGGAAUUCAUGGCCUCGAGAAGCGCGACACUCAUUCCCCACUUCCUUUCUUGCGACUUGGUCGAGCCCUCCAACUCUAGAAUCAAACUUUACUGUUACGAAACCCAACUAGAGUUGGAUUCGAUAGCGGAUAUAUGGACUCUCGGGGGACGACGGACCGACCCGGGGACCAUAGCGGGGCUCGAAUUACUGAAGGAGCUGUGGCAGCUACUACCCAUCACUGGAGGGCGCUGCGCUCUUCCAGAUUGCUUCUAUGAGCCUGGCGAGUCACCCCACGAACAACUACCUUUUAUAAUCAAUUUCACCCUGUCUCCAAACAGCCUUCUUCCCGAGCCUCAGAUCUACUUUCCAUCGUUUGGUCAAAAUGACAAGGUCACUGCGGAUGGCUUGGAAGCAUUCUUCGGGCGUGUGGGCUACGAGGGGAUGGCAACAACGUACGCGUCGGACCUCGCUGCCUAUUACCCCGAUCAGAAUCUCGCCGACACAACACAUGUUCAAGCCUGGAUCUCUUUUUCCUUCCGGCAAAGCCAGCCGUACAUGAGCACCUAUUUGCAUACCUUCGAGGCCAUGGGUUAUGCUCUCGGAAGGCCCUCAGUGAGGUUCAAAGAGCAAUAGUCGAUCGAUCUGGCGCACCAUGCUGAUCUUUCAGAAGUAUCAGCUACUAUGUCAUUGCAACCAUGUUUGCUUUUUCUUCAUGCUACUUGCCCG